GCUCAGCUCGGCCUGGACCCUUUCCUAGGGACACCCCUCCAAGGCCGCCAGACUGGGGUGUCCAGUCGCCUGGAUCCUACGUGAAGGGCAGGAGGCCCCAGCCCCUUGAUCCCUUGUUCCUGGACUGGGGUGGGCAGAUGGAAUGCCUGUCAUGGCAGCCGCUAACUUCCUAGGGUGCACUAACUGUGGGCCCUGGUGCACCCUCAAGCUAUAAUACAUUGACUUCCAGUCUGUGAGCCCCAUCCAACCGAGUACCACCUUCCUCAUUCCUAAUCCUGCCUCAGUACUUGGCCAGGGUCACCCUGCUUUGUGUAGAAGUCCCAGAACCUUCCCAUGGGAUUCCCGCUUCAGGACACAGGAACUCCGCUUCUUGCCUGCGUGGGAAGGAUCAGGUUCUUGAAAUGGAGGUGUGGGCUCUGGAGACUGUCUGGCUUUAGGUCAGAGGUCAGCGGCAGAGGACUCCUGCUGAGUCACUGGUCUUGGGGGGAUAGGCCCCUUCUUCCCUUCAGCUGACUCAGGUAGCAAAUGUGGGGAAGUAGGCUGUUGAGGUUCUUCAUUGCCAACUGGGGAGUGGCCACUGCCCUGUCCAUAGUCCAGGGUGUGUACCCUUAAAAGGAAGCAGGCAAACGAUAAGGUUAUUCGAGGUGAUAAGUACUGCUGUGAGGCCAGGCUGCCCAAAGUAGGCACUCAGGACUGGGACCCCCUUCUGACCAGCAGUGUCUAUAGGAAGGCUCCUCAUGGAGGUCCACAGGCUGGACAGCUCUUCACCCCCUGUUACCCACAGCCUGGACAAUGCGGACUCCCCUCCCCAGUGAAAUUGAAGGGACAGGAGUGUCCCUUCCAGUGUCUUCCCCAUGCUGGAGGUCCCCUCUCAAAUAGCAGGAUGGUACACCAGAUCCGUAUGGCCAAGUGCUGCCUCUAAACACCAGACCUGACUGUGGUCAGUGGUUGACCCUGUGGCAAGGGGACUGUCCAGGUUGACAGGCCACAGUUCACUCCAGGUGGGCUGUGGGACCUGCUAUUGCCAGGUCAGCAGCCCCUGACUCACAUGUCCAGUGCAAAGGAGAGCGUGCCUGAGGUCAGGGCAAGGCCCCACAAAGGAAGUCAAGGCAGCUUUUCCUAGGACCAGUGGACAGGUAACAUCCAGAGCUGGUGAGGGAGUGGUUAUGAGGAGAGUCCCCACUUCUCACCUUCUUGACACAUUCUACUUUCAGUUAGUGUGUCAUCCCAGGAACACCAGCAGUACAGCUUCCUGGGCUGUACCUAGCAGGGUCCUGAGCCACAACAUUCUCAGGCAAGGGUCUCCUUCCAACCCCAGUGCAGUCCAGGUGGCCAGUGCCCAAUCUUAGCAUCACCCAGCCACACCUGGGGCACACUCCUCCCUCUGGGCGGAACCAGUUCCCCUGCCAGGCCCAACAUGUGGGAAUCAGUGUGCUAGGCAGGACAGGAAUCUUACCCCUUCCCAAACCUGAGAUACAGUGGGGAUGGGAUGAACAGUCCCUGGGGCAGGCCAUGGCUAGAAGCCAUGAGGUCCCCAGGUACUCAGUGAUCACGUCUGAUGGCUUCCCAAGCAGCCAGACUCCAUGGAGGCCUACUCAAGAGGGGCAUGAAUGUGACGGCGAGGAGGAUGAUGUGGAGCUGAGGACCUUUGACUUAAUCCUGAGUGCAGUCAGACAGGGCCUUGGAAAGGUUCCUGUUGCAGCAGGACUAGGCCUGGCAGGGACAGGACUCCAAAUAAGUGGGGAGCCAGGUCCUGCAGGGAAGGGCUGGCACCAAGGGGCUGCGGCCAGGAAGAUGUUCUCUAAGACCGGUGGCAGAAUAGAGCUGGAGGAAGACUGGUGGACUGGCGCAAAAUCUAGAGACCCCCACCCACAACAUGGCUCGUCGCUCCCAGAGUUCCUCACAGGGGGACAACCCUCUGGCACCUGGGUAUCUGCCACCACACUACAAAGAAUACUACCGCCUGGCGGUGGAUGCACUGACUGAGGGUGGGGCAGAGGCCUACAGCCGCUUCUUGGCGUCUGAGGGGGCACCCGACUUCCUGUGCCCUGAGGAGCUAGAACACGUGAGCCGCCAUCUGCAGCCCCCACAGCAUGUUGCCCGUGAGCUCCCUGAAGGCAGCCCUCCUGAUGUGGACAUGGAUGGCUCCUCUGGCACCUACUGGCCAGUGAACUCAGACCAGGCCGUGCCUGAGCUUGACCUGGGCUGGCCCCUGACCUUUGGCUUCCAGGGGACUGAGGUCACCACACUGGUGCAGCCGCCACCACCUGACAGUCCCAGCAUCAAGGAUGAGGCUCGCAGGAUGAUCCGCUCUGCACAGCAGGUGGUGGCUGUGGUGAUGGACAUGUUUACAGACGUGGACCUGCUCAGUGAAGUGUUAGAGGCCGCCGCGCGCCGCGUCCCAGUCUACAUCCUGUUGGAUGAGAUGAAUGCACAGCACUUCCUGGACAUGGCCGACAAGUGCCGCUUCAACCUGCACCAUGUGGAUUUCCUGCGCGUGCGCACUGUGGCUGGCCCCACCUACUACUGCCGCACUGGGAAGUCGUUCAAGGGCCACUUAAAGGAGAAGUUUCUGCUAGUCGACUGUGCCGUGGUGAUGAGUGGGAGCUACAGCUUCAUGUGGUCCUUCGAGAAGAUCCACCGCAGCCUGGCGCACGUGUUCCAGGGAGAGCUGGUCUCCAGUUUCGAUGAGGAGUUCCGCAUCCUCUUUGCACAGUCUGAGCCACUGGUGCCCUCGGCGGGGGCACUGGCCCGCAUGGACACCUACGCUCUGGCUCCUUACUCAGGCGCCGGGCCCCUAGUGGGCGUCCCCGGGGUCGGGGCACCGACUCCCUUCUCAUUCCCCAAGCGGGCGCACCUGCUGUUUCAGCCGCCCCGGGAAGAGGGCCUGGGCUUCCCCUCCUUCCUGGACCCUGACCGCCACUUCCUCUCGGCCUUCCGCCGGGAGGAGAUUCCACGGGGGCCUGGGGGGAUCCUGGAGCCACAUGCGGGGAUGCGGUCAUUGUCGCGGCGGUUGGACAUGGAGGCCGGCCCCAGUGGAGAGCCCCCGGGCACGCGGGGCUUCUUCCAGGCGCGGCACCUGGAGAUGGACGCCUUCAAGCGGCACAGCUACACAGCAGCCGAUGGCGCAGGCGCUGUGGAGAACUUCGCGGCCGCACGCCAGGUGUCGCGCCAGACAUUCCUCAGCCACGGAGAUGACUUCCGCUUCCAGACUAGUCAUUUCCACCGCGACCAGCUCUACCAGCAGCACUACCAAUGGGACCCGCAGCUUAAUCCUACGCGCCCGCAGGGCCUAUUCGAGAAGAUCCGCGCCGGCCGCCCGGGCUUCGCUGACCAUGAUGACUUCACACUGGGCGCUGGGCCGCGGUUCCCAGAACUCGGCCCUGACGGGCACCAGCGGCUGGAAUACGUGCCAUCCAGUGCGUCCCGAGAAGCGCGCCACGGCUCGGAUCCCGCCUUUGGGCCAGGCCCGCAGGGCCUCGAACCUGGUGGCGUCCUGCGCCCAAAUCUGGGCCAGAGGUUCCCCUGCCAGGCAGUGGUGAGGCAGGGCGCAGACCCCGCUGUGGAGACGGAGACCCAGCGUAAGGGGGGUGCCGAGGGGCGCGCGGGGCUCCGGCACUGGCGCCUUGCCUCCUACCUGAGCGGCUGCCAUGGCGAAGACACAGGCGAGGAGGGCCUACCCAUGCCCAUGGAAGUCGAGGUCUGUGAGGAUGACGUCCUGGCUCCCGCGGGCCGAGCAACCGCUGGGGACUUGCUGCCCUCAGCCUUCCGUGUCCCUACUGCCUUCCCAGCCAAGGGCCCUGUACCGGGCUCAGGAAGCGGAGACGGUGCAGAGCGCGAGGGUGUGGAGGAGGCUGGCCUGGCCAAGCAGGACUCCUUCCGCUCGCGCCUGAAUCCUCUCAUCCAGCGCAGCUCGAGGCUCCGAUCCUCGCUCAUCUUUGCUUCCCAGGCACAGGCAGAAGGCACGGGUGGGGCCAUGGGGGCCACCACCGAAAAGGUGCAGCUGCUACACAAGGAGCAGACCAUCAAUGAGACACUGGGUCCUGGUGGAGAGGCUAUGCGCUCCACCGCCUCCGCCAAAGUGGCCGAGCUACUGGAGAAGUACAAGGGGCCAGCCCGCGAAACCGGGGGCGCUGUCACCGUCUCUAGCCACAGCAAAGCAGUGGUGUCCCAGAUGUUGCGGGAAGAGGUGGCAGCAGCAGGCACAGGAGGGUGCGAGCGCCGCAGCCUGGAGAGCUGCCUGCUUGACUUGCGCGACUCCUUUGCUCAGCAGCUGCACCAGGAGGCUGAGCGGCAGCCUGGAGCCGCCUCGCUCACAGCUACACAGCUGCUCGACACACUAGGCCGGAGUGGCGCCGACCGCCUGCCCUCUCGCUUCCUUUCUGCGCAGGGCCGGUCCACCUCCCCGCAAGGACGAGAUAGCCCCCCGCCAGACAGGCCUGGAGCCCACCAAGUGCUUCAUUCUGAGCCAAGAGGUAGCCCCACCUUGGCCUACCCAGAGCGGAAGGGGAGCCCUACGCCUGGGUUCGCCAAUCGAAGAGGCAGCCCGACUACAGGAUUUGUUGAGCAGAAGGGGAACCCCACAUCACCCUACCCAGAGCGCAGGAGCAGCCCUGUGCCUCCUGUGCCAGAGCGCAGGAGCAGCCCAGGGCCCCCUGUGCCUGAGCGCAGGGGUAGUCUUACCCUGGCCUUGGCCGCGGAGUCUCCAAAGACCACGCCCACAGAGGAAGUGGCAGGUGGCCCUAUGGAGGUGCUGCGCAAGGGAUCCCUGCGGCUCAAGCAGCUGCUGAGCCCCAAGAACGAGCCACAUGGGGAGGGUGAGGGCAGCUUCCCAGUGCUUCAGGAGAAUGGGCAGCCUGAGAGUCCCCAGCGACCAUCUCUGGGACGAGGUGAUAGCACGGAGGCUGCAGGAGAUGAGCGUGGCCCCAGGGCACGCCUAACCUCGGCCACAGCCAAUGCCUUGUACAGCAGCAACCUGCGGGAUGACACCAAGGCCAUUCUGGAGCAGAUCAGUGCUCACGGUCAGAAACACCGCGGGGUUCCUGCCCCAGGCCCGGACCCAACCCGCAGCAGCCCUGAGUUGGGUCACGUAAUAGCUGCUGGAGGCCUGGCCCCAGAUAUGUCUGACAAAGACAAGUGCUCAGCCAUCUUCCGCUCAGACAGUAUGGGGGCGCAAGGCCGCCUGAGCCGCACGCUGCCUGCCAGCGCAGAGGAGCGUGACCGACUGCUGCGCCGCAUGGAGAGCAUGCGCAAGGAGAAGCGAGUGUACAGUCGCUUUGAGGUCUUCUGCAAAAAGGAUGAGGCUGGCGGCCCAGGUUCAGGGGACAAUUUGGUAGAGGACGCCAGGGACAGCAAGGUGGGCAAGUUCAUGCCCAAGAUCCUAGGCACGUUUAAAGGCAAGAAAUGAGUGUCCUGGCCCUGCAGGCCAGGGUGCUGCACCGCACACUGCCAACCUGCAUCUGGAGCACUCAAGAGGGGAAGGGAGCUCCAUGUCCCUGUGUCUGAGGGAUGGUCACCAGGCCCUCGUGCCAAAGCAGUCUGGGGUCUUCAGCCUUGGCCUCUCCUUCCCAGGGGCACAGCCCCUGUCUCCUACAACUCCCUUCUCUCCUGGGCACCCUUCUCAGCUCUGCCUCCACGUCUCCUUGCACUAAGACCCCCUCUUGGCCUUUAUUCACCUCAGGGAGCCUUCUGUGUGCCUUAGUCCCCUGUCUUUCAGGGGGUCUCCGUGCCUUUUGUCUCCUCAGGGUUUCUGCUCUCAGGGUACUCAUCCCAAAGCCUCCUGAAUCCAUCCAAUGGCUCUUAUCUGCUGACACCCGCAUCGUACUCACUCUUUCCCUCUUCCUCCCCACUCUGGGCACCUCUCCUCUCACCUCCAUCUCUUCCUCUGGAAUUUUCCCUGUGUGGAACCCAUCUCUUUGUGGCCUCUUGGCACCUGCCUUGCUAUGGGGAAUGCAGGGCUGUCUGCAGGCACUUGUGAGGGAGGGGUGGAGUCAGACCCCAAGGAUGUUCCUCUUGGAGCAACAGGGAAGCUGGAUAGGGCAGACUUCUGGGAAGGAGGGACACAGAGGACCCCAGAGGGGCUGCCCUGCCACCUAGUAGCAGCUGCCUCAACCAAGUCUGCCCCCUCCUACAGCACAGCCUGGGUAAAACCUUGUAAGGCACAGGAGGGGAGCACUAGGCUUUGCAGCACAAUAAAACAUCUGGACAGACACCCUCA